AACAAGCUCACGGCAGGGCUGGUGGGAAUGCUGGUGAUGGCGAGAGUGGAGGAAAAGAAUGCUAAAGUCACGUUCCUGACCGCCUACGUUCUAUCUUGGCUCUAUUGUAGCUUUGGGUUUAUCUGGAUGUACAGAGCCAUCUUCUUCAAGAACGAUAACUCUCACUUUCAAUUUAAAUCUGCAGAGGGAACAGUGAUGACACUUUCGAAAAAAGAGUAUGAUAUCAACAAACUUGGUGAAUCAUUACAGGCAUUUGUGACAAUCAUGGUAUUUGUCGGGAUGAUUGCAUAUCAACUUGGGGAGUUCCGCGUCGUUUUCAUGGUGUCGGUUUACAUGGCCUUCUCUAUCGCGGAGAGCGAGCUAUUCAGAAUUCACAUGCUGGGGCAGUCCGACGAAGUUGAAGAGCUUCGUCGACCCUUUGGACAGAAGAACGACAAGCCGUUCGAGAUCAGGAAGAGAGAAGGGCCCACAGAAGAUGGCGGUAGCACGCGCAUAGACGACAAGAAACAAGAGAAACAAGAUUGAUCUUGGAGACCUGAUCGGAAUGAGGGACACUUGCGAGCAGCAUAUGUUGAAGUUUAAUCAUCUAGCAAUGAGCUCUACAUCUCAACCUAAAAUCAGAUAAUAUUCACUGUCAUGAAGCAGCCCAUGUAGACG